AGUUGAAGAUUGUCCAACACUAGCCGUACGCUAAUCAACGGAGUUGUUAUAAUUAUUAUAUAUGUAGAUACGACGUGACAGUGUUUUCAUUCCAUCUAAUGUAAAAGUGAAUUAUAAUAUAAUAACUUAGAUUCCAGUAGAUCACAUAUACUGGCCGUUCCUGCCGCCCACAACACCAAUAUGACCGAAUCAACUAAGCCAUUGCUCUGCUCGUGCUUAGCCAUUGUUGCGGUUCUACAUGUCCUUUACCAACCAACAGAUGCGUCGUCUUCUGCGACCGGUGCGCUGGCACUGACCAGUGAAAAUAUUGAUAUGACGUUAGCAUCUAACGAAAUGGUUGUCAUUAAUUUCUAUGCGGAGUGGUGUCGGUUUAGUAAUAUUUUAGCGCCGGUUUUCAGUGAAGCCGCGGAUAAGAUCAAAGCGGAAUUUCCAGAAGCUGGGAAAGUAGUGCUAGGUAAAGUGGACUGCGAUCGUGAAACAUCGAUUGCGUCCCGAUUCCACAUCAGUAAAUAUCCCACAUUAAAGAUUGUCCGCAAUGGACAGCUAAGCAAGCGUGAAUACCGAGGACAGCGAUCGGCAGAUGCGUUCUUGGAAUUUGUAAAGAAGCAAUUGGAGGACCCAAUCAAGGAGUUUAAAACGCUUAAGGAUCUGGAGGUUCUUGAUUCCAAAAAACGUAGCAUCAUUGGCUAUUUCGAUCGUCGAGAUCAACCCGAAUACGACAUAUUCCGCAAGGUUGCGACCAACCUCAAAGAAGAUUGUCAGUUCCAUGUCGGCUUUGGCGAUGCCUCUCAGGCAAUGCAUCCGCCUGGCGCACCUAUUAUUGUAUUUAGGCCGGAUGUGGCUCUAUCCCACGAAAAUGAUGAGACAUUUACGGGCAGUUUAAGUAAUUUCGAUGAGCUGAAGGUGUGGAUCCAGGAGAAGUGUGUGCCACUCGUCAGAGAGAUAACAUUUGAAAGCGCAGAGGAGCUAACGGAAGAAGGACUGCCGUUCCUGAUCUUAUUCUACAACCCAUCUGAUCUGAAUUCCAUUAAGGAUUAUAAAGCAAUCAUUGAACAGCAGUUAUUGGAUGAGAAGCAGAAUGUUAACUUUCUUACUGCGGAUGGCAAGAGGUUUGCACAUCCAUUGCACCACUUGGGCAAAUCGGAGGAUGAUCUACCCGUCAUUGCGAUUGACUCCUUCAAGCACAUGUAUCUCUUCCCGCACUUCAAUGACAUGUAUACGCCUGGCAAGCUGAAGCAAUUCCUUCAAGAUCUUUACAGUGGGAAACUGCAUAGGGAAUAUCAUUAUGGGCCGGACCCCACAAGUGAUGAAAACAAAAACCAUGACAAAGCAAAUUCGUUAAAGGGUACAUCACCGCCCGAGUCUAAAUUUAAGGAGCUGGGCCCAUCAAAACACCGUUAUACCUUGCUGGAAAAAGAUGAACUGUAAUAUUACAAAUGUAUAUUCACUUAAAUAUAAUUAUUAAAAAUUUUAUAAAAUCACAGUCACUUGUUAAUAGUCCGUUUUAUCUCAAGUCAAGUCUCAAGUCAACGUACGUAAUCCUUGCGCAAACGCAAGUAACUUAUAAACUAAUUAAACCAUUGGAGGAGCUAAUGAAGCACCUGUCACCUACUUUAAAUCGUCAUUAAAUAAUUAAAAUAAAAUAGCUUGA